AUGGCAGCAACAUCAUUCGACGUGGCGGCCAUUAGGCGCCAAUUCCCGGCACUCGCCCAGGAUCAGGUCUUCAUGGACAAUGCUGGCGGCGCUCAGGUCCUGCAGUCCGUCAUCACGUCCAUUUCGGACUACUUGUCCAGGCACAACGUGCAGCUGGGCGCUUCGUACCCGGUGUCACAGAUAUCCACGACAAAGUUCAACGAGGGCCACAUCGCGGGCGCAAAGUACAUCAACGCGUCGCCCAAGGAGGUGGUGUUUGGCCCCUCGACGACGCAGCUGUUCCGCAAUCUCUCCGUGGCCUUGAAGGUCAAGCCGGGCUCCGAGAUUGUGCUGUCAAGUCUCGACCACGAAGCCAACCUGGCACCCUGGGUGCAAUUGGCCGAGUGGAAAGGGUUGACGGUCAAGUGGUGGAUUCCGACAAAGAACACGGAUUCAAACCCCAAGCUGGAAGCCGAGGACUUGAAGAAGUUGCUGACGGACAAGACCCGGCUGGUCUGCUGCACGCACACGUCAAAUAUUCUAGGCACCAUUACCGACGUCGCCGCGCUGUCAAAGGUCAUCCAUGAAACAAACCCCAACACCUUGUUCUGUGUCGAUGCUGUGGCGUAUGCCCCGCAUGCACCGAUCGACGUCAAGGCCUUCGGGGUGGACUUCUAUUCCUUCUCGUGGUACAAGGUGUACGGCCCGCACGUCUCGAUGUUAUAUGUUAACGAGAAGGCGCAGCAACAGAUCCAGAGCCUGGGCCAUUAUUUCAAGCCCGGUGACACGCUGGAGGAGAUGCUGGGCCUGGCUGCCGGAAAUUAUGAAUGUAUCCAGUCAAUCCCCCACGUCACCAAGUAUAUCGAAACAGUCGGCUGGGAUGCAAUUGCCGCACAGGAAGAGAAGAUCCAGGAGAUUCUGCUGUCAUAUUUACGCUCCAAACCGGACCAGAUCAAGAUAUACGGCGAGCCUUCCUCGGACAGAAAGCUGCGGGUGCCGGUCAUCAGUUUCAGGGUCAAGGGCCAGAGCUCGUUGGGCAUCAUCGACGCCAUCGAAGCGAGGUCGAACUUUGGCUGCCGCAAUGGACACUUCUACAGCAAGCGGCUCUGCGACAACGUCCUUGGCAUUCCAGAUAGUGAUGACGGCGUGGUCCGGUGCUCGUUGCUUCAUUAUAACACUGUCGAGGAAGUCGAGGGCCUGGUCAAAAUACUGGACGAAGUUAUCAAGGAAGGAGCCGGGAAGCAUGUCGAGGACCCUGAGAGGAAGAAUAUCGCGAACUGGUGA